UGAAAUCAGCCGCAAUUCUAAACGUGCUUGUUGCUUUCGGUGGUGCCGAUUAUAUUCGAAAAAAUAGAGAGUUUAUUUAACGAAAUCGAGCUUUUUUCAGAAAGAUCUAUUUGCGCAUUAUCAGAUCGGAUAAUACAAGACUUUCUUUCUCGAACUUUCUGAAAAGGAUAUAAAAACGGUGUUUACGAAGGCUUUCCUCGUAUGUGGUAUCCUUCGCGCGCAACUUGUUGAUAAACACGUACACGUACACUUGCAAAAAAUCUAUCGCUCGCAGUAUACACAAUUUUGCCGCAAAGGUUAUAUUGUGAUUCAAUCGUGUGAAAUUAGUGAAUUUUGCCGGUUGCGGAGGUGAGCAAUAUUUCAAUAAAAGUUAAAUCGAAGAGUUCAGCAUUAAAUAUUUGUGUCGGAGUAUCAAUUUACUCUUACAUUGCGGUAAUUCUCUGUUAAUUGCUAAUAUCGGCAGUGCGAUUAAUGUCGGGAAUAUCGUGUGAUUAUUAUAUGAUGAAAUACGCGUUGGGAGUGCGGGUCACACGCUUUCAAUGAAUCAUAUUUUCCCGAGUAUCAAUCAGUGUUUAUUACUUCAACUUUUGCCAAAAAGGGACCUAGUUUACAAUUUUAUCUUAUCACUCUCAUUUAUCCAUACUUUUUUUGAGUAAUAUUGUGUAAGUGCCAAGCAGGAGUCACAAGGAAGAAGAAGAAGAGAGAAAAUUCAUCUCUUCUGAGCAUCAUGGGCCGCAUCGGGAUGACGAAACGUCACAUCACGAAUAGAAUCAACUUUGUUACAUCUCUGCUGCUGCACAUCAUGUGUGGACAUUUUUGGCUAAGCGAAGAACUGUUGCAAGCACUGGACAAACUCAACUGGAAAUCGUGUAAAAUUGAACAAAGGUGAGACGUCUACAAUGCAGUCAAGCAACAGCACUCCCAUCGAAGAAAUAGAAGAAACGAAGAUUUCCACAGACUUCUCAUACCCGUCCGGCUGUUUCGACAUUCCAAACGGAGCGGCGAUGCACAAUAACGUAUUGCAGCGCGGUACAUCGCGGUCUCUGCGCGGUCUCGCUUCGCGCGCAUUAGCCCACGCGCUCGCACUGUCUCCCACCACGGGGUGACCACGGCAGGACCCCUGCGGGGGGUCUGUGCCCCACCAAGGGCCUUAGGGCGAGAGGCCUCGUGGAUUUCAACCAACCGAGUCUCGCGUGUAUGAGUCCGCCCUCGCAUCUAACCAAACCAAGUUCACCCACUACCCUACGCGGGUUUCAGUUUCUAUCCCCACCUGCCCGUUUCUCCGUGAUCACCGUGACGUGUCCCCACCCUCCGACGUCCACCGUGUUCCUCUCUGACCAUACGGUCUCUCAUCCCUCCUCCCACUAGGCCGCGGACAGUCGGGGGACCACACAGCCUCAUGAGAUACUAUAUAAGACAGCAAGGACAAGAAAGAGCAUGUAGUAUUCAAUCCUUCCGUGGCUCGCACUGGUCACGACGGCGAGCGACGGCGAAUUGGGCUCUGGGGCGGUGACCGACUUUUUUUUUUCUCUUUCUCUCUUUCUUUCUUUUCCUCUUCUCCUAUGAUUUUCCUUUUUAUCCCUCUCUUUGCCUUUUUAGUGUCUUUUGGGACCUCCCACUUCAUAGUGCAUAGUUCUUAAAUCACAUCCUCCCUCGUGUCGCGGUAUAUAUAUAGCGUAGUGUCGGGGAGACAGUCUCAUUCAUAUUUUCUCUCUGAGAACUGGGAACAUUGAGAAAUUGAGAGCCUGAGAAAAAUAUUACGAACUGCACCAGUGCGUCAAUAAAUAGUUGACUUCGCUUUGACGAUCGUUAUCGGUUCGAUAUAAAAAAGAAAAACAAUUCAAGAUGUCAGUGCUAUGUUACGCAGCGCUGGUGAUUUGGCAAUGGAUGAAGAAUAUUUUAGUAUAUUCGAAGGAGAAUACUAAAGUAACCGAAUGCUGUGCGCUGUUCACGGUAUUUGUUGCCGCAAUCAUAGUGGCAAGAUAUUGGAUUAAGAACUAUAACUUGCCGCCCGGACCAUGGGGCAUACCGUACUUUGGCUACUUAUUUUUCAUGAAGGGCACACCGCCGCAUUUGAUGUUCGAAUCUUUCGCCAAGAAAUAUGGACGAAUUUUUAGUCUUCGACUGGGACCGCAAUUGGUCGUUGUGAUCAACGACUACAACGUCAUAAAGGAGACUUUCCGACGCGAAGAGUUCACCGGCAGGCCGCAGAACGAGUUCAUGAAGAUCCUCGGCGGUUACGGUAUCAUUAACGCAGAAGGUGCCAUGUGGAAGGAACAGAGAAGAUUUCUUCAUCACAAGCUUAGAAAGUUUGGCAUGACAUUCUCGUCCGGCUCCAACCAGAAGAGCUUACAAUCAAAGAUUUCGCUCGAAGUUAACAUACUUAACAAGAGAUUAGUGGAGCGACGCGGAGCGCCCACAAACAUUUCGCCGUUUCUCGCUACGUCGAUCAGCAACGUGAUCUGCUCACUCAUGAUGAAUGUACGCUUCGAUCAGGGCGAAACGCGUUUCAAGAGAUUUAUGGGUCUCAUCGAGGAGGGAUUCAAACUUUUUGGCAGUGUGGACAUCAUAAAUUAUAUACCAAUAACGCGCUUUUUGCCGUGGAUGCAAAAAAAUCAAAUUAAGAUUUCGGAAAAUCAUGCGGAAAUGGCUAAAUUCUUCCAAGAGACCGUGAAUCAGCAUAGAGAAACGUUCGAAGCGGACAGUGUUCGCGAUAUCGUAGACACUUAUCUGCUCGAGAUUCAGCAAGCGAAGAACGAAGGUCGGGAGGACGAGCUGUUUCAGGGCAAAAAUCACGAUCGCCACAUACGACAAAUCCUCGGCGACCUUUUCUCCGCUGGUAUGGAGACCGUAAAGACCACCUUGGAGUGGGCGGUGCUUCUAAUGUUGCACCACCCAGACAAGGCGAAAGCGGUGCAAGAGGAAUUGGAUCAGGUUGUGGGAAGAUCAAGAAUGCCCUCAUUUGAGGAUCUUCCUUCUCUUCCGAUCACCGAUGCGACGAUCCGUGAGGUGCUUCGCAUAUGCAGCAUUGUGCCGCUUGGAACCCCUCACGCUACUACACGAGACGUGACGCUGAAAGGUUACAAGAUACCAGCCGGUACUACUAUAGUGCCACUGUUGUACGCAGUGCAUAUGGAUCCGAAACUUUGGAACGACCCAGAAGCCUUCCGGCCGUCCCGUUUUCUCACCAGCGAAGGCAAGAUCCACACUCCAGAGUAUUUCAUGCCGUUUGGAGUCGGUAGACGGAUGUGUCUGGGCGAUGUGCUGGCGCGCAUGGAACUCUUUACCUUCUUCAGUUCGUUAAUGCAUACCUUUGACCUGAAAUUGUCGGAGAACAGCUCGUUACCCAGCUUAAAGGGCAACGCCGGUGUCACGUUGUCGCCGGAUCCCUUCGAGAUCUGCCUGCUGCAGAGGAACCUCGAAUGCAGCGAGGUCCCGAGCAACCCUCUGCGCAACAUCGGCAGUCAUUGAUGAGCGUCCUCAGCGAACUCAGCACGAGCACGGUACUUGUUUCCUACAUUCGCAGGAAAAAAGGUCAGUUAGAAUAGAAAUAAUGUCGCGAGUUUGCGCGCCAUAUUGUACGAAUAUUAUAGAAACGCGUCGGCCGAGGAUAACGCGUUAUCCAAAGCUAAGAAUAUUUUACGUAACAUCAGUCCACAUCCAAAGUUUUAUAUUACAUUUUAAAUUAAAUUUUAUAUUCGUAAUAAGAUAUUUAUAAUUUUAUAUUAUUAAUUAAGCGAAACACCACUCUAAUUCUUCGGGAAGUAAAAAUUUUAUUCAGAAAAUAUGAUAUGUAAUCAAUCAGCUUUCGAUAUCUAAAGUAGUUUUCUAAUUUAACGAUUGGAUUCUGGGAACAAUUGAUAGAUUGGUACAUUGCAAAAAGCUAUCCGAUCGAUUUUCCGAUUGAUUUUCCGAUACUAAAGUAAUUUUAUAGUAGAAUAAAAUCAUAUAUAGGCUAGAUGUAAGCUAAAUUCUCGAGCGCAUCCGAUGCUCGAUGUAACUACGUCAUUAAUUCGCUAGAUUUUGGUAUAACGAGAUCUUAAAUUCAUAAUUAUAAAAUGUCCAAUUUUUUUUUUCACUAUCUUAAUUCUAAUGAUCUUGUUAUACCAGAAGCAUGGCUUCUCUCCUGUUCACCAUAUGAGAUUCAAUAAUUUUAGUCUUUUUAAAAAUUUUUUAAAAAUAAAAAAAAAUUAGUCUAAUAUCGCGUACAUUAUGUUUUAAUAUAUUAUAUAUUAAUUAUUGUAGAAUAUUACAAAUCCGGUGAAAAUUUUGAGUCGCGGGACCGUAACUUUUUUGACUUAUAAAGCAGCAGAAAGGAAAAUCGAUCGGAUAAUCGAAAAGUCGGAAAAUAGCGGAAGUCCUCGGCUAUAGCUUAGAGUACAAAAAGAGCCUAAUGGCUCGAAUUAUAUUUCCCUACCUCCUCUGUUUAACUUAACUGCACAUCACCUUUCACCAUAUCAAUCCCCCGAUCGAGUAUUUAUUAUUUUGCGAACGUUUCUUUCCUCUGUGUCCCAUUGCUCUUCUCGCCUCGUAUUUAUUCGCGCUCAGCCGGCGAGAUCGACGCGAUUUCGACGCGAUCGAACGGUUUCGACAGCGAUUAACGAGUAACAUCAAUCCCGCCACUUCAAAUCACGACUGUUAAAAAGUAUCUCGUCAGGAGCUAUCAGUUUGUCACGUUUAAAUAUUACUCCGACGCGACCUGACGACACCGUCACGAUCCCGAACGCCGUCGACUCGCCGUAGAUCUCCGCGGACGAACGAGGAUGUCGACUCAUUACCGAUCGCUCCUCUUUCGUCCGCGACAACAUAGUAAUCCGUUAUUAUAAGAUAAAGAAUAUGUGGAGAGAGAAAGACAAAACGAGCGAGAGAGACACUAUUUUGAUUGUGCGCGAAGCUCAAUUAGUAUGCUAGUUUGCGUAUUUAGUUCGUAAAUAUGUGUGUAUUUAAUAAUAUAUGAACAUAUAUAUUUUAUAUAUAUUAUACGUAUAUAGCUGGUCGACAAAUCACGUGCCGUUUGACAAGAAUGUAGGACUGCCCUUGCACCCGAGACGACCGUUCGCGUUAAUAUCGCGACACCGCGAUGAGCGGUGUCGUUGACUUUUCUAGCGGCGACACGAGUGGAGCGCGUCGGCGGCGCCGGCCGAUUGCACGAAUCGGCCGGUCCGGAGCCCGAGAGCGAUUUUCGUGAAAGUCGCUGCGAGAUUUCGUUGCGACAUCUCGCCGUUCGGCGCGACGUGGCGACUGUUCGGAAUGAAUAGAAUGAAUAUGUCGAUCGUUACAUCCGGGCGAUGAUCGGCUUUCGGGUGCAGGCGCGGACUGAGGCUGUGAAUCCAAGAGAUUCGGGAUGUAUGGUCGACGAUUACAUUGUGACGUCGUGUAAUCCGAUUUCCCAAAGGUAUCCCGGGCUGUGCAUCCUAGAAGCGGCAAAGACAGCGCGCGGCAGUGCGCCGAUCUUGUGCCGAAGAGCUCCGCGAGUCCAAGAUUCAUGUAUAUGUUUGUAGUUUAAACUCGAUGACUGACGGACUCGCCAUCGAUACAGGAUCUGCGCCGCGCGCGCGCGGCGUCUCUUUGCUCGAGUAUCCGAUAGAAUGUUAAUUAAUUUUACCAUAGCACGCACGAACUACAGAAUGCCGCAUUGUGUUCAUCUGUCGACCGCAAAUCUGUGUUAUUUAAUGUGUUUUAUUUUCUAUAAAAUAAGGAUAUUUUGCAGUUAAGACAAUUGUCUGAUCUCUGUAACGACUGAUUUAUUCUUCCUAUCCCAAUCACGCCACUUAUGUAAAGAGAUUAAUUUUACGUUCUAAAAAAAUAUUUCAAAGCAAAUGACUUUU